AUGACUCAUGUGUCAAAUUCAAAAGUCAUAAUACCAAUCUUCUAUGUAUCCCCGUGCAAAUCGUGUAAUCGUUCAAUUCAAAAUCAAAACAAACCUAAAUCCAAACGACUAAACGAACCACCAAACCAAACAACCAUCGCACCACCAACCAAUCGAAAUUCAACCAGGAUACAAACGGCCGCCGACAUGCGCUAUCUCCACGAUUUGAAUGUUCAAAUAUCGCAGAAACGUCGCUCGGUCAGCGUCUCCAAGCAGCUGGACCGCGACCUGUGCAACCAGCAUUUCGACACAUUCGAAACCUUUUGGGGACGGCCAGGCCACGGCGCUCCCAUCGCCGAUAAGAUCAACAAACUAAAAUUAGACAAUUUGCUUUAUGGUGUUCCCGAAUCGAGCGCGUAA